AUAUACCUCAGUGGGUUACAUAUUUUACCAAUGGAUUUGUCUACGUGGCACCAAAUCUCUUCUUGUAACUCCAGUCGCCAUCCUGGACAAGGUGGUGGUGGCAGCAGGAACUGGCCUGAAUGGAGCCAGGAUAGUGCUGGACCAUCACCUUGUCCUUCACCCAUGCCAACGGCUGAUGGGGCUCUAGCCCUCACCCCAGAAAUGACCUCCCAGGUUGGUUUCUGGCCAUUAAUCACCCUAUUUCAGUGCCAACAACUUUGAGCUCACAGGAAGCCGUUGGUGGGGAAAAAAGGGGAAGGAAGACAUUGCGAGAGCAGCAGUGGAGAGCUCGGUGUGGCAGAGGAGGAUGGAGCCGAGCAGUGUCGGGACAAUGCGGCUCUGCUUUGCCGUGCUCUGCUCUGGAGCUGCUUUCGCCCUCAAUGGAGAAGAGCUGAGGCAUCAAAGCACCACGAAGGCUGGUCAUGUUCCAGAGACCAUGGGAGACCCCACCACAACCACCAGGGAUGAAGGCAAGCUGAUGACAUGGCCAAUGGCCAGUCUGACUCCUCUGGUGACUGAGGUCCCUGUCACCACCCUCGUGCCAACACAAACAGGUGCCGCAGAGAACAAAACACAAAACAUGUCAGCUGUUCCCAUCAGGUACUGGUCCCCUGCCAUUUUUGUGGUGGUUGCUCUGCUCGUGCUUUUCUUCACCUACCGGCGGAAAAAGGGGGAAGGGAGCCAGGAUCAAGUUGCCCCCACCAGCGACUCUUCAGAUUUGGGAGCCCUGGACCCACUCCCUAUCCAAGACACCAUCCCAAUAAUUCCUGCUCCCCAGGAGGAGAGAAAGGGGCUGGAGAAACCCCCAGAGGACACCGAAACCAACUUCAGUGAGCCGGACCCCCCAGUGCCACCCCAGCCUGACACCCCCCCAGCUGCUGGUGGUCCCUGCUGUCCUCGGGAGCUGGGGGCUGACUGAGGGGUUCUGGUGGAACCAGUGGCUUCCAGACACCCAGAAGGAGUGCAAGGCCACCCCCGAGGGACAGUAUGGGGAUGAUGGUCCUGGCCUGGAACCAUGUGGGGGCUGCAGGCCACGAGCAUCUUGUGCCACCUCUGCCCUUCCUAUGGAUGCUGGAGCAUCUGCCUGAAUCCCAGAGGAACAGUGACACGUGUGGAACGGGGACCUGUGUGGGACGUGGCCACACGUGUGCCCCGUGUGUGAGGAUGGAGGCUCAAUGCACCUGCAGAGGGCAUGGCUGAGUCAAUAAAGCAGGAUUUCAUCCCAGAA